GAGUACAGUUCUGAAGAAGACUGAUGCUUGGCCCGCUGAGUUUCUCCAUCAACUUCUGUCUUUUGGGUCAUAAGUCUUCCUGCUUGGAGUUGAUUUGAUCUGCCAGCCUCACACCAUGUUCUGCUGGAGUUUUCACAAGGACCGUAAGCUUCUGGUAUCUAUCUGGAGUUGCUGUGGAACGUCCAGUUAUUUGGAUCUGUCUGAAAUUCUGGAAUCUGACUGAGAUCUGCCUUAUUAGCACCAUCUGGGUUGUGUCUGGAGCCAUUGUGAUCGCUCUGGUGAUAGUGAGAUUGGUCAAGGGCUAAUUGGAUCCAAGUGGAGUUGCGGAGAUAUAUUUUGGAUAUACACAGAGGUGUGACGAAUUUGGGAUCUUUCCAGAUUAACUUUGAUCUGUCUGGAUUUGUUGGAUCGAUACAGCCCUGUUGGGAUCUUUCCAGACUUCUGGCAUCCGUUCGGAGUUGUAGGAUGUGAACUGUCGGAGUUGGGUACGCCUACUCUGGGUCCUGGUCGGGAUCUGUACGAAGUUGGUCGCGAUUUCUCUGGACACGUCGGGAUCUGUUCGGAAGUCGACGCGCUUUCUGUGGAUCCCUGUUAGGAUCUGUCCACGGUCUCUCCUGAUCCCUGCAGUGGUCUGUCCGCGCUUUCUCCUGGUCCCUGUUGGGAUCUGUCCGAGAUUUGUCCUGAUCCCUGCAGGGGUAUGUGCGCGCUUUCUCCUGGUCACUGCAGGGAUCUGUCCGCGAUUUCUUCGGAUCCCUGCUGGGAUCUGUCCGAGAUCGCUCCGGAUCCCUGCUGGGAUCUGUCCGAGAUCGCUCCGGAUCCCUACUGGGAUCUGUCCGAGAUUGCUCCGGAUCCCCUGCUGGGAUCUGUCCGAGAUUGCUCCGGAUCCCCUGCUGGGAUCUGUCCGAGAUUACUCCGGAUCCCUGCUGGGAUCUGUCCAGCUGCUGUCAUCCCGCCAAUUCCAUUCUCGCGCCGCCCCAUUGUGACGUCAGCCGGUCCAGGGGCUGCUCCCAACAAAAUGGCGGCUGUGGAGUAACGGUCAGGAGCGGAGAGCGCGAGAGAGACAGCGACAGCGACACCGACAGCUGCUGUCGCCAAGAGCGGGGCGACAGGGGCAGCCUCUCAAUACACACUCACUAACCACCGCCCCCCCCACCACAAAAAAAGAAAAAGAGUAACGUACCGUGUAUCUAACGGCCGGAGAAAGAGAGGGGGGCGCGAAAGUCGUCGGAAGAGCAAGAGAAUCAGUGGAGUGUGGCCGAGGAGCGAGGAGACAUGUCUCUCCUUUGUGUUGGAGUAGCAUCAGAGGAUGGAUCACUGAAGAUGUUCAAAGUUGAAUUCAACAGUUAAGAAAGCAAAACUUGAUGGACCACAAGAAAAAUACAAUACAUAUGUGACCCUGAAGGUUCAGAAUGUGAAGAGUACAACUAUUGCAGUGCGGGGAAGCCAACCAUGCUGGGAACAGGAUUUCAUGUUUGAAAUCAACCGUUUGGACCUUGGUUUAACUGUUGAAGUGUGGAGCAAAGGAUUGAUCUGGGACACAAUGGUCGGUACCGUAUGGAUCCCUUUACGAAGCAUACGACAGUCAAAUGAGGAGGGACCUGGUGAAUGGCUGACUCUUGACUCAGAGGUUAUAAUGACAGAUAAUGAAAUCUGUGGAACAAAAGACCCAACAUUUCACAGGAUUUUGUUGGAUACUCGAUUUGAGUUACCACUUGAUAUCCCUGAAGAGGAGGCACGUUACUGGGCCAAAAAAUUGGAACAACUGAAUGCAAUGAGGGAUCAUGAUGAUUUUGUUUUCCAAGAAGAGGAGAGACCUUUACCUGUUCCAGGUUCGCAAUGUUGCAACUGGAGCUAUUUCGGCUGGGGAGACCAACAAAACAAUGAAGAUCCUGACAGUGCAGUAGAUGACAGAGACAGUGAUUAUCGAAGUGAGACUAGCAACAGCAUGCCACCUCCAUAUUAUACAACUUCUCAGCCAAACGCAUCAGUUCAUCAAUACUCUAUUUCUUCACGGCAUCAACAAAGUGGAUCACGGGAUUCUUGCACUGAUUCUAUUCAUAGUUACGAGCUAGAUUAUUCAGAUCUUCAGAGGCCAAUAAGACGCUAUGAUAGCAUAGAUUCUGCCACAAAUGGACGCAGUGAUCUAGAGACUGCGUCAGACUCUAGCAGGCUAACCAGUCGUCAGUAUUCCCUUGAAAGUAGGCAGUCCCUAGAUCUGUCGGAUAGUCCGACAGGUAGCAGCAGAUAUGCUUCAUCGGCUGAAUUGAGCCAGGGCAGCUCCCAGCUCAGUGAGGAUUUUGAUCCAGAUAAUGAGAGCCUGCAAUGCUCAGACAUUGAUGAUGAACGAGAUGGGGACUCUUACCACUCCUGCCACAGCUCAGUGAGCUGUCAGAAAGAAUCUUUGGACUGGGACAAAGAAGAUAAUGAACCUCUGGAGAUUUAUAGUGAACCUGAUGAGUUCCAGAAGGAGGAGGAGGAAAUUUAUGAGGAGAAACCUAAAGAGGAGGAAGCAGUUUCUGUACCAGUUGAAAUCCCACCUGAAACUGAGAUAACUUCAGAGCAGGUUGAAGAAAAACAACUAGAAACUUUCAGAAAUGAAGAGGAAGAACAUUCUACCAUAUCGAGGGCCAAAGCCAACUGGAUCCGAGCUUUUAAUAAAGUUCGUAUGCAGAUUCAAGAAGCACAACUUGGGGAAGGGGUUGGUGAUCUUCCCAAGCCGCUUUGGUUUAAAGGAGGGGGAGCAGCGGUUAAAUUUCUGCGUAGCAUUGACAGCAUGCCUGACAUUAAGCCUCGGCGUAAAUCCCUCCCACUGGUCAGCGACCUGGCUAUGUCUUUGGUGCAGUCAAGAAAAGCUGGCAUCACUUCUGCACUAGCAACUCGCACUCUUAAUGAUGAAGAAUUGAAAAACCAUGUUUACAAGAAGACCUUGCAAGCCUUAAUCUACCCUAUUUCGUGUACAACACCACACAAUUUUGAAGUGUGGACAGCAACUACUCCCACAUAUUGCUAUGAAUGCGAAGGCUUGUUGUGGGGAAUUGCCCGCCAGGGAAUGCGUUGCACUGAAUGUGGGGUCAAAUGUCAUGAAAAGUGCCAAGAUCUUCUCAAUGCAGAUUGCUUGCAGCGUGCUGCUGAAAAGAGUUCAAAACAUGGAGCAGAAGAUCGAACACAAAAUAUUAUCAUGGUUCUAAAGGAUCGAAUGAAAAUCAGAGAAAGAAAUAAGCCAGAAAUCUUUGAGCUCAUCCAGGAGGUAUUUGGACUUCCAAAAUCAGUGCAUGCACAGCAGAUGAAGGCAAUUAAGCAAAGUGUACUGGAUGGAACAUCAAAGUGGUCAGCAAAAAUCAACAUCACCGUGGUGUGUGCUCAAGGUUUGCAAGCCAAAGAUAAAACAGGUUCCAGUGAUCCUUACGUCACGGUUCAAGUUGGGAAGACUAAAAAACGUACCAAAACCAUCUAUGGAAAUCUUAACCCGAUCUGGGAAGAAAACUUCAACUUUGAAUGUCACAACUCCUCUGAUCGAAUAAAAGUACGAGUGUGGGAUGAAGAUGAUGACAUUAAGUCACGUGUAAAACAAAGGUUUAAACGGGAAUCUGAUGAUUUUUUGGGCCAGACCAUCAUUGAAGUUCGAACCCUCAGUGGAGAAAUGGAUGUAUGGUAUAAUCUAGAUAAGCGUACUGAUAAAUCUGCAGUGUCUGGUGCCAUCCGGCUACAUAUUAGUGUGGAGAUAAAAGGAGAAGAGAAAGUAGCACCCUAUCAUGUUCAGUACACAUGUCUACAUGAGAAUCAAUUUCAUUACCUGACCGAUAUACAAAAUAAUGGAGUGGUGAAGAUUCCAGAUGCAAAAGGAGAUGAUGCCUGGAAGGUUUAUUUUGAUGAAACUGCCCAAGAAAUAGUGGAUGAGUUUGCAAUGCGAUUUGGCAUAGAAUCCAUUUAUCAGGCUAUGACGCAUUUUGCCUGCCUGUCUUCAAAGUACAUGUGCCCUGGAGUACCAGCUGUAAUGAGUACUCUGUUGGCAAAUAUCAAUGCUUACUAUGCACAUACCACUGCCUCUACCAAUGUAUCUGCCUCUGAUCGUUUUUCAGCCUCCAAUUUUGGGAAAGAGAGGUUUGUAAAACUUCUAGACCAACUGCACAAUUCUCUUCGUAUUGAUCUAUCAAUGUAUAGGAAUAAUUUUCCAGCAAGCAGUCCUGAAAGGCUACAAGAUUUAAAGUCUACAGUUGAUCUCUUAACAAGUAUAACCUUUUUUCGAAUGAAGGUUCAGGAACUGCAGAGCCCGCCACGGGCAAGUCAAGUUGUGAAAGAUUGUGUAAAGGCUUGUCUGAAUUCCACUUAUGAGUAUAUCUUCAAUAACUGCCAUGAACUGUACAGUCGAGAAUAUCAAACAGAUCCAAAUAAAAAAGCUGAAGUCCCUCCAGAGGAACAAGGGCCAAGCAUUAGAAAUUUAGACUUUUGGUCCAAACUUAUAACACUCAUUGUUUCAAUCAUAGAAGAGGACAAGAAUUCAUAUACACAUUGCCUCAAUCAGUUUCCACAAGAACUGAAUGUGGGAAAGAUAAGUGCAGAAGUGAUGUGGAACCUUUUUGCACAGGACAUGAAAUAUGCAAUGGAAGAACAUGAAAAGCACAGACUCUGCAAAAGCGCAGAUUACAUGAAUCUACACUUCAAAGUGAAGUGGCUGUAUAACGAGUAUGUAAAAGACCUUCCAGCUUUUAAGAAUUCAGUCCCAGAGUACCCUGCCUGGUUUGAACCAUUUGUUAUACAAUGGUUGGAUGAGAAUGAAGAAGUAUCAAGAGACUUUCUGCAUGGAGCACUGGAAAGAGACAAGAAGGAUGGUUUCCAACAAACAUCAGAGCAUGCCCUGUUCUCCUGUUCUGUGGUGGAUGUGUUCUCACAAUUGAAUCAGAGUUUUGAAAUAAUUAAGAAGCUGGAGUGCCCUGAUCCUCUGAUAGUGGGGCAUUAUAUGAGAAGAUUUGCUAAGACUAUCAGUAAUGUGCUGCUGCAGUAUGCUGAGAUAAUAGCUAAGGAUUACGCAUCAUACUGUUCGAAGGAGAAAGUGCCAUGUAUUCUAAUGAACAACAUCCAGCAGCUUCGAGUACAAUUGGAGAAGAUGUUUGAAGCAAUGGGAGGAAAAGAUUUGAAUGCUGAAGCCAGUGACAUCUUAAAAGAGCUGCAAAUAAAACUGAAUAAUGUACUAGAUGAUCUCAGCAGGGUGUUUGCACUAAGUUUUCAGCCUCACAUUGAGGAAUGUGUGAAACAGAUGGGAGAUAUUCUGAGCCAGGUGAAAGGCACAGGAAAUGUCCCUGCCAGCGCUUGUAACAGUGUGGCUCAGGAUGCUGAUAAUGUUCUCCAACCACUCAUGGACCUGCUGGAUAGCAAUUUGACACUCUUCGCAAAGAUCUGUGAGAAAACGGUGUUGAAACGUGUCUUAAAAGAAUUAUGGAGGAUUGUAAUGAACACAAUGGAGAAAACUAUUGUCUUACCACCUUUAACGGAUCAAACGAUGAUUGGAAGGGUGAAGCUUGUCUGUCACAGCGAUGGCACACAGCUUAUUUUUAACGCUGCAAAAGAACUGGGGCAGCUUUCAAAGCUAAAGGAUCACAUGGUCAGAGAAGAAGCCAAAAGUCUUUCCCCCAAGCAAUGUGCUGUAGUGGAACUUGCACUAGAUACUAUUAAGCAAUAUUUCCAUGCUGGUGGAGUUGGCCUGAAGAAGACCUUUUUAGAAAAGAGCCCAGAUCUGCAGUCUCUACGGUAUGCUCUGUCACUGUACACGCAGGCUACUGACACCCUUAUUAAAACAUUUAUCCAGUCUCAGUCAUCUCAGGUGCAUGGUGGGAAGGGUAUUAGGUUUACCCAUAGCGAGGAGGUUUAUCCUGAAAAGGGAUCUGGUGUGGAUGAUCCAGUCGGAGAAGUGUCCAUCCAUGUGGAACUUUUCACUCAUCCAGGAACCGGAGAACACAAAAUCACAGUUAAAGUUGUGGCUGCUAAUGAUCUAAAGUGGCAAACAACUGGCAUCUUCCGUCCAUUCGUUGAAGUUAAUAUGAUUGGACCUCAUCUUAGUGACAAGAAGAGGAGGUUUGCCACUAAAUCCAAAAACAACAGCUGGGCUCCAAAAUUCAAUGAAACCUUUCAAUUCACAUUGAGUGCCGAGGAUGGCCCAGAAUGUUACGAACUACAGAUUUGUGUGAAAGACUACUGUUUUGCCAGAGAAGAUCGAAGUGUGGGCAUUGCUGUGAUGCAAUUGCGUGAUAUUGUUCAGAAGGGAAGUUGUGCCUGUUGGUUACCACUUGGACGCAGAAUUCAUAUGGAUGAGACAGGACUAACAGUCCUCAGGAUACUGUCACAAAGAAACAAUGAUGAAGUGGCAAAGGAGUUUGUAAAAUUAAAAUCUGAUAUACGUUCUGCUGAAGAAGGCAGUUGAGAAAAGUGGCCAAAAUCACAUGUAGAGCAAAUUUUAAAACUUUAAUUUCUUAAGCUCGUUGGAGCUUUGUUUUCUCAUCUAAAUGAAGCCACAUGUCCCACUUAUGAAAUAAGCAAAAAAAAAAUCAGCAAGAGGUCGAGUCAAGUUUUGGUAUAUGCAUGAUUUAUCAUCUGUAGUUUUUUUUUGCCGGUGUGGACAAUUAAUUUUAUUUCUUUUGUUCAUGAAAGGCAGCACUCAGUCCUUUGAAAUAUGACUAUUCACAAACAACUGGAUUGACUUUCCGUUAAGGCUAAUAUCACUUGUGUAAAUAAAUCCCGCAUGACUCUGAGCCUGUGUACAAUGAGCACUGUGAUCCUGUCCUUGUGGAGAGACCUACAGCUGAGAGAACUUAUAUACCUCUUGUGAAAAGUCUCAGUUACCUUCCUCUUCAAUACCAAAAUGCCAAAGUGUCUUUAUACUCACUGGUGUAGCCAAUUUCUUACACAUUCCACAUUUCUUGAACAGAUUGCUACUCUGAGUUAUACUCACAAACAGGCUUGGUAUUCUACAAAUUACAGGAUUAGACCCAAGUUUUUUGCCUUUAGUUUAUUGCAUAGCAAACAAAUGACUGCUGAAAAUAGGUUAGUUCUAGAACAGAUUUAAAGUUUGAUAAUCAAAAGGUUAACCUCUCAAAUAUUCCAAGAAUCAUUAAUUCUAAAAAAAAUUCCCAUCUUUCAAUUUUGCUUCAGAUUAUGCAGUGACUGAAAAAUAUUGUAAUAGUCUUGUUACAUUAGCCACAAUUAAUUUUACACAAAAUUGUUACAAUCUUGUAUAAACUGUCCUUUUCCAUCAUUCUUUGUAUUCUUGCAUUAU